AUGAAUCACCCGACAAGAGCUCGUUUGAACUCAGGAGCUCAGGAUCACCAAACCAAAGGCCAAACUACAGCUCAAAGACAGCAAGAGCUGUUCUUCUCCCAGUCUCUGAGAGAUCAUGGCCCCAUGGACAGAAUCGUCAUGAAGAAGAAAACCACUUCAAGCAGCCAGGUUAUUGUUCCAUUAUCCAGAGUGAGUGUGGAAACUGAUUUGGAAAUCACAGCUCACCUGAAAUACCAUUUGCAACAGCAUCACUUAAAGGGAACCAAUGACAUUUCUUCUAUUGAGGAGAAUCAAGCUGAAGUGUUCAACUCACUGAAAACAGAGGACCAGACUCAAAGGGAUUUUCUGGAUGUUCGUGAACACGUCAUUUCUUCUGACAGUACUCCUCAGCUUCUGCAGAGCUGGGAACUGGUAGAGAGAGAAGACAAAGAGAAAGAAGAGGAAGAACAGAAGAAAGAGGGACCAGUAAUUGUUCAAAAUGCAUCUUCAUGUACAGACGAGGCCCCGGAGGAUACCAUCCCAGAGCGUAGUGCGUUGAUGGAGUGUGUGUAUCCUCGGCUGUAUCUACACUGCAAGCAGAGAGGAUAUGAUUUCAGGAUGUUCGACCUGCGUGCAGGAGUUGGAGAUCCUGUUUCGGAUCAUCAUGAUUUGGCCGAGUUGCACGUGGAGACACUGAGACGGUGUCAGGAGACUGAAGGGCCAAAUUUUUUUGUGUUCAUUGGCCAAAAACAUGACAUACGGUCAUUGCCGAAAACCAUCCCGCAAGCAGACUUUGAAGCAGUUGUACAAUUUGUAGAGAGAAACAAGAAGAAGCUGUCCAGGAGACCUUCAGACAUGGCUGUGGAAUCUCAGUCCAGUAUUGGCACCAGCAACAGCAGCAGUUUUGUCCUGGAGAAUUUAUCCGAAGAGAAGGAACCUUCACAAAGUUCAGUCGUAAUGAGUGACAACUCUUUCUCCAGCAGUUCCUUUUCAGAUGGAGAGGAAACACAGCUGGCCCGGAGCUGGAUGGACUUUGACCAGGAUUUGACUCUUCUGCAGUCAUGGUACAAGUUGGAUAAAAACACACUUCCUGCUGUGUACCGCUUACUUCCUGUCAGCACACACCACCCUGACUUCCUCAGUCGGGAUGGGCAUCGCAGAAAGCUGGGAAGGAAGGCAUGGCGCUCUUCCUGCAUGAAACUGUGUAAUGUGUUGUGGCAGUCUGGACCGGGAGCUAUUGGAGAAGAAGCUACCUGCCGUCUACUUAGGACAGUGUUGGACUGGGAGGUGGAUCAGGGUCUUGGAGGGAAACAGCCGGUAGAGGAAUACAGUCACUGUUAUAAGAGGAUCAUCACAGACCUUCUGUACAAUCUGAAGAGUGAAUAUGCCACUCAGUUUAUAGACCUACACAAAGGAAGACCUGAAAUCAAUCAAAACUUGCAUCAAGCUCAGCAGCGCUUAAUUCACAACAUCCACCUCAAGCUGAGACACACUAAUAUACAUGAGAGAAACGUCAGCUGGGGAAGAAAAGGCUUGAGUGCGAAACACAACAGAUCACAUCAGUUCUACACUGAACGCCUUUGUGCUCAUUUCCAGCGCACUGUCACUGCAGCCUUCAACAGAGUACAGGGUUAUGUGUUCAGACAGGACUUUCUGAUGGAAGUGAAGCGUGCGCUUGAAGCAUCCUCCUCCAGGAGAGCUGUGCUGUUACUGGGUGAACCAGGGUCUGGAAAGAGCACCACACUUGCAAAAGUAGCACAACUCCUACCCACCUGGAUAUCUGGGGAUGGCAAAGUGCUGACCUGCUUUGUGGGUCUGACAGCUAACAGCAGAAACGUACGUCUGCUUCUCCAGACCCUGUGUCUGCAGUUAGCUAACAUCUAUAACCUCAAAACAGAGAUAUCUGAGUCGCUGUCAGAGCUUUCCAGUGAACUGUGCUCAUUGCUGAGUCUGGUGACAGAGGACCGGCCCUUGACUCUAGUGCUGGAUGGUCUGGAUAAUCUGAGUGAGGAGCAUGAGGCUGAUCUCUCCUGGCUUUGUCAUAUUCUAUUGCCACACGUCUUCAUCAUCCUCUCUGCCAGCACACAUUCUAAAUGCGCUCAUGUACUUCAGUCCCAGGUUGAAGUCUCUGUCCUUUCACUACCUGCUCUUAGCUGUGAGGACAUCGCAUCAGGACUGCAGUCCAGGCUAGCAACAGACUUUCGCCAACUAACAGAAGACCAGUAUAACCACUUAUUCCAGUCCUGUCUGUCCUGUCCAUCCCCUCUCUACCUAAACCUAGCCUAUGCCGAGAGCAAGCAAUGGAGUUCCUUUACUCCCAAAGAGAGUCUCAGCAUCCCUACGGACCUACAGCAACUCUUCGUGGGCAUCCUAGUUCAUCUGGAGCGAGAGCAUGGGGCAUGUUUGGUGCGACGCAUGGCUUUGCUAAUAUCACUCUCCCGUGCUGGCGUGACCGAGGAGGAACUUCUGGUGCUGCUGGGGCAAGAUGAUCACGUCACUCGAGAGAUGACGGUUUUGCAUCAUCAGACGUUACCCGUUUCAGAAUACUCCCCAGUGCCUUAUGUGUUUGUGGCACGACUGCUGCGUGGUCUAAGAGAUUACAUUACAGAAGUAGAAAGUGACAGCACAUGGGUGCUGCGCUGGACUCACACAGAGUUCGGCUGCAUCACUCUACAACGAUACGCACCAACAGAGGACUUGCGGAAAGCUAUCCAUGCAGACUUUGCAGAUUACUUUAAUGGGAAUGUUCCAAAUAACCAGGUUUUUCAGCCACUAGCCUGGAUCAGGAAGGAGAAGGGCAGGAGGAUCUACUUAUUUAAUUUGCGCAAACUCCACUGUUUGCCUUAUCAUUACAUUCACUCAGAGCAGAUUGUCCCUUUACUCAGCCAGUGUCUGUUUAACUAUGAGUUCCUGCUGCAUAAACUGUGGGGUCUGUCCAUCUACCAUGUGGAGGAGGACCUUAAAGCUGCCGUCAUACCGGAUAAAGAGCUGCUGGAUGUAAAAGUGCUGGCUCAGGUUUUGUGUCUCUCUCGUUCUGUUCUCCUAAAUGAUCCUUGUCAGUUAGCCUCUCAGCUCCUGGGUCGUCUACAACAGAUCAUUGCCCAAGAUAAGCCUGUUACUUCAGGUGACCCAAGACAAUAUUCCUUUCUGCAUGCUCUGUUAGUACAAUGCAAGAGAUCAUCUCUGCCGGUUCUUGUGCCCUCUUACACCUGCCUGCUUCCUCCAGGUGGACUUGUACACACAUACCUUUCAGGUCACAUGAGUUCUGUGACAGCCCUGGCUCAUUGUCAGCACCAUAUAGUUUCCUGUUCUUCUGAUGGAACGCUGAAUCUAUGGCAUCUGGACAACCUAAGCAGGCCAGUGCAAUCUUUACCCAGAGCUCAGAGCUCUGCAGCAGACUGGGCAGCUGACUCACUCUUGCUCUGUCUGGAGGACAGUGUGCUGGUGCUACAGAUGGGCCACUGGCUGCAGAUGAGAGAGGUGAAUUCUGGGAAGGUGCUCUACAUGGAGAAGGAGGCUUUGGAUGUUCCUGUGGUUACAUCUGCCUGUGAGGGCCGGUUGCUGGCAGUGUUUUAUGACGGAAGUCACCUGGUUAAGGUGUUUGAUCUUGUGGCCUCCUGUUCGCUGUUGUGUUUGGUAAAGAUUGCCCUUGAGUUUGAGCCCAUUCACAAAGAUCACUCCAUAUUGGUCUCUCACCACUCUGUUAAAGACUAUGUUCUCUUCGCCUACAGGGAUGGCAGAGAGGCAGCAGUGUUCAAUGCGAAGGGUGGAGUUGUGUUGUCCACUCUGAAAGCACAGCACCCUGCAGCAUCUAUACAAGCUGUUGAAAUUAGCUCUCAGUAUUUACUGCUAUUUUGCAGAUAUCCCUAUAAGAGACAUAAUGAAAUCAUUCACAUCGAACUCUUCAGCGCAGCAUCAUUUCAGUACCUGCGCUCUAUAAUGGGUUGCAGUCAAGACUACAUUUCCCAGGUCACCAUUGCUGGGGGAGGUUCCUACACUGUGGCCUUUUGCCCCACCCCUCAGAGCGGCACCACAGAGAUUAUUACUUGGAACCUUGAGACUGAAGACCAUAAACACAUUGCACGCUUUCCUGGCCUGCUGGCUGCUGGUGUGUGUUCUGACCUGCAGUACUGUGUGGGGUUCUGUGCUGGGGAGCGAUACUUGCGAAUGUGGAACUUGGCGUCCAAAAUAAAUGACCAAACACUUACAUUCAAUGUGCACAAAGCACACAGUGAUGGCACAGAAGAGAUCACGCCCAUGCACAGAUAUCCUAGGUAUGUUGUGUGUCGAAGCACCCGGCCUGGUACUGUGAGAAUAUGGAAUGUGGCGCGGAAGCGAUUCAAGGGUCGUCCUGUACAGGUGGAGCAUGGUCUGUUCUCAAGUGCAGACAUUACUCUGGUACGAGACCUGAAACUCUAUAUACUGUCUGAUCGCGGUACCACCAACUUCACUGAUACUCCUACAUCUGUCUACCAGACUUUGCUUGUGUAUGACCUUCUUAAAAAGAGCUACAUUAAGAAACAGACUGGGCUGUUCAUCGUGCCCUGCCCUCAGCAAGACUAUCACCUCUUGGAAGGUCAAAUACUGUUGGGCCUGUCAGAAACACGGGAUCAUCUGAUAUUGUGGGAUCUGGACUCUGGCUAUAUUAAAGGACGGAUCAAGACAUCCUACAAAGAGUCCAUGCUCUCCUGUAUGGACAAAAAUUAUCAUAUUAUGUCCACCAGUGAGAAGACAGGCCUGAUGAUGCCAUGGGACAAGCGCACUGAGACCCAGACAGCAAAAAGGAGGAGACAGGAGCGUGAGCUUAUGCGAGAAAGAGAUGAACAACAACGCUUUGAAAGAGACAAGUUCAACUCCAUAGACCAAUAUCUUCUCAGUGGAGAUGAGCAGGUGAUCAUAUGCUCAUACUUUGCCCAUCAUCUCAACGUCUUCAGUGUGGCUUCUGAAGAGCACUUGCACACGCUUGAGGACCGUUGGUCCCUCUUGAGCCUCCGUACUGCAGCGCUCACUCACACUGGAGGGUACUUGGUUGUGUCCAACUACAGUGAGGCCCAACAUGCUCCAUACGUCACUCUCUGGGACACACAACAAGGCCGGGUGCGGAAAAGAUUGAAAAAUGAACCUGGAAUCUGUUGCAUCGCUAUUACUGCAGAUGCCUGUAGAGUGGUUUUCGGCAUUGCAGGAUUCAACAAAUUGAAAGUGUGGGAGCCAUUCAGGAGGAAACACAAAACCAUCUCAGGUUAUGGAAGUUUAAAUCUCAACUGGUCCAGCCUGCUUUUUAUCACCGAAGGACAAUCCAAGGCUGUUUUAUUAGCAGAUGAGGUGAGCAUGUGGGACCUUGACGUAGGAACAGUAUUGUCUGUCUUCACACCUGACUCCAAGAUCCAAACCCUCUCAGUACUUGGACCGGAAAACAGUACCCUGGUUUUGGGCUUCAGUGACAUGCCCACCUUAAUUACAAUGACAGUCAGCAAGCAGAAUGCAAGCACAAAAUCCAGCACUGUUAAAGGAGAGGACAUGUUUGGGGAAUCCAGCAGUAGUGAAGAAGAAGAUGAAGUAAUCAACAAGAAUCAAUAAGAACACCAUUGGCCAGAGACACAUAAAAUAGCUAUAGAGUCUUUGUGAAAAGAUAAUUCACGUGAUUUCUGUAUUGAUCAGAAACGCAACAUAACAGUCAUAAUUUCCAAUGCUUGUUUUUCCACAUACUAACAAAUUACCAGAACGUCCCCGCCUUCCCCUAUAGAAGUCAUGAGAUCAAGAGGUCAUAAUAAAACAACAGGUCUCAGCAAGCCUGUGACAUCAUUUGUUAUAUUUUAGAUAUAGUCUUAGACUUUUUGAAUGUAUAUUGACAGGACGGGGUGUAGUCGCAUGUGUAUAUCCGACUGUAUGUCAGUCUGGUUUUUAGUGAACAGUAAGGCAUGUCUGAACAGCCCUUUUCAACUCUCAUGCAUGAAUAGCGCUUUUUCACUUCCUGCCAUUUUGUCACAUGGAUGCUGAGCAAAAUAAUAACUUUCUGCUUAGUUCAAUCUGUAAGGAGUUUUGACAGUUAUAUUUGCAUUAUGAAGACAAAUAAAAACGCAUCGAUGUUAUAUUUAUCAUUAACUUUUUCUUUCUUUUUCAUCUUUGAAAUAUACACAUUUUCUUUUUAUUUAAAAAACAAACGUGCGGACAUUUACUCGGCUCUAACAUAAUCGAAGUGGGCUACAAAUCUCAUUAAAUAAUUACCAAAUUAAAAUAAAAUAAAAAAAUAGAAGAAAGCAUGUGGUAGAAAAUGUCCCAUAAAAG